CAGAGCUCUCCCCAGAGGAUCCUAGCAUCCUAUUCACGGACCUCACGUCCCAAGCCAGCCGCUCCCAGACCCCACCCGCCACCCCGACCCUUGACAGCGGCGGGUAGCACAGACGCCGGGGGCUCAGGGCGGCUGAGCCAUGACUGCUGAGAGCGGGCCGCCGCCGCCCCCGCCCCAGCCCGAAGUACUGGCAGCGGUGAAGGAGGAGAGCGGCGAGGCCGGAGAGACUGCGACCGGAGUCCCGGCGGAGGCGGCUGGCCGCGGCUCGGGCGGGCGGCGCCGCAAGCGCCCUCUGCAGCGCGGGAAGCCGCCCUACAGUUACAUCGCGCUCAUUGCCAUGGCCAUCGCUCACGCGCCGGAGCGCCGCCUCACUCUGGGCGGCAUCUACAAAUUCAUCACUGAACGCUUCCCCUUCUACCGCGACAACCCCAAAAAGUGGCAGAACAGCAUCCGCCACAACCUCACUCUCAACGACUGCUUUCUCAAGAUCCCGCGCGAGGCCGGCCGCCCGGGCAAGGGCAACUACUGGGCACUCGACCCCAACGCUGAGGACAUGUUCGAGAGCGGCAGCUUCCUGCGCCGCCGCAAGCGCUUCAAGCGUUCGGACCUCUCCACUUACCCGGCCUACAUGCACGACGCGGCGGCCGCCGCAGCUGCAGCAGCCGCCGCCGCUGCCGCCAUCUUCCCGGGAGCCGUCCCCGCCGCACGUCCGCCCUAUCCGAGUGCCGUCUACGCGGGCUACGCUCCGUCGUCGCUCGCCGCGCCGCCACCGGUCUACUACCCUGCCGCGUCGCCAGGCCCUUGUCGCGUCUUCGGCUUGGUUCCUGAGAGGCCGCUCAGCCCAGAGCUGGGGCCCGUGCCGUCGGGGCCAGGCGGCUCUUGCGCCUUUGCCUCGGUCGGCGCCCCCGCCACUACCACGAGCUACCAGCCCGCCGGCUGCACAGGGGCCCGGUCGUCUAACGCUUCAGCUUAUGCGUCCGCCUACGCGGGCACCGAUGGCUCAUACCCGCAGGGUGCUAGCAGCGCGCUCUUUGCAGCUGCUGGGCGCCUAACUGGACCCGCUUCGCCCCCCGCAGGUGGCAGCGGUGGCUGCAUUGAGAGCGCAGUAGACUUCUAUGGGCGCGCAUCUCCCGGCCAGUUCGGAGCGCUGGGGCCCUGCUACAACCCUGCGGGGCAGCUCGGAGGGUCUAGUGGAGCCACCUACCAUGCUCGCCAUGCCCCCGUCUACCCUGGCGGGAUAGAUCGGUUUGUGUCAGCCAUGUGAGUCGAGCGUAGGGACGAAAACCCAAGACACCUCAGCUGUCCAUACGAACUAAGUUUUUCUGCUACCAAAAGGACCGAACUGGAGAGAGGACCCAGCUGGGUCCCACAUGGAAGGGGCCGAGAAGUCUGUAGAGGCGCACCGCGUCCACUGGUUUACUUUGCAAACGGGAAGAGCGUGGAGCGAGUCAGCCAGAGCCCUUGGACUAGCUCUAGAGACCCUCGAUGGGACGAAGCCCUGAAGGACAUGCCUUUCUGACAUUCCCUCAGGGAAUCCUUGGCGACAAAGGGGGUGGGGGUGGGGGUGGGGGUGCAGCAUGUGUCUACACCAGAGACCAGGAUCGGAAGUGUGGGAAAUCACAUAACUUCACGCUUCCAUGUGCUGCUGAAAAGUCGGGCCUCUUUACUUGGUUCGGCUUCUUUCGCCUUUGACUGCGUUAUUACAAUAAAGGACUCAGACUGUGCCAUUAUUUUUCAAGUAAUGAGGACAAAUUUGCAAAAGAAGUAGCCCUUUUAAAGAAAAAUGGGAGAAUUCUUUCUGCUCUGGUUUACCUGGGUUGGUUUUUCCUGCCUCUGAAACCGGCAGGCCUAGCUGGAGUCUAUGCUUCAGGCUCCCCAAUGUGACCCAGUCCCUUCACCUGAACCUUCACUCUCCCGAUUGGUUGGUUACACAAGAGGCCUGCACGAUUCUACCUUGUCUUAAGGCCCCCAUCAUGGCAUCAUGGUAGAUGCAGCCCCGCAUGUUUGGCAGCAUUGGUGAGCCACCCAGGGCCUCUGUGUAGCCAUCCAAAAUCUUACUGCUGUUCUCAGGAAUGGGAACAGAGCUCACGGCAAGCGUCUAACGUUAAGUCCCAGGAUUAGUUCCAGACAGCAAUUAUAUCAUAAUUAAAUUGAACUUUUGAGCAGGAUGUGCUGGUCAUUCCAUAGCUAUGACUGCCCAGUCAUAAAUAUGAUUUUCUGGUAAGACAAAUAGAAAUACAUUCAUUUGUUGUCCACUGUUUCUUUUCAUCAAGCAGCCCUGGAUCAAUGGGUAAACUAAGCUCAAGUAUAUGAGAGGACUGGGGUGGGGGGGAGGGGAUGGGGUAUGAGCCCAUAGCUGACAGUUUCCAGUAGCAAAGAUUGGCGCUUCCAUCCCUGCUACACCUUAGCAGCUUGCUUGUGCAAAAAUUAAAGAGAAAAAUGAAAUAGGGGUGAUCAAUGAAAUAAGCUUUAGAACCUGGAUUUUUAAUUUUAUUUUGUGUUUAUUUGUUUUAAAGCAGCACUUUUAGGCUCACUAAAAUCUGAAAAUCCAACAACUCUCCCAUCUUUCUCUUGAGAAAUCUUGUAAGUUUUUAUUCUGGGGCAAAAAUUUCCAAUGUCAAACUAUUUCAGAGGUUCCCUUCACAACUCUCAGAUAAACCUAAGUGUUCAGAUGAACCAUUUUAAUGAAAAUCUUUGAGCAAGUGAGUUCUGGCAAGAAAAACUCAGCCUCUUUCUGCAUAGUUAACUUGGUAGGGAAGGGCAACACAGAAAAGAAAUUUGUACAAAAACCAUUGGUAAUGUUUAUUUUUAUUUGGGGGACUGCACUACCCUGUUUACAAAGACAUGUGAACUUGGUUAAGUCCAGACAAAAUCUGUCCAAAUCAGUACUUCCUGGUAGAAAUAUAAUGUGAGCAAAGCCACAUUAUAGUUUAUUUUAAAAUUUUCUAGUAGCCAGAUUAAUAAACUAAAAAGAAACAGGUGAUAUUAAUAGUAUGUUUGUCCAAUAUAUCCAACUAUUAUUUCAACAUAUAAUCAACGUAAGAUUUGUUGAGAUGUUUUGCUUUUUUUCAUACAAAGCCUUUGAAACUUGGAGUGCAUUUUAUACUUAACAGCAUAUUCUCAUUUGGACUAUCUACAAUCCACAUACUCAAUAGCAACACUCUUGGACAGUGCGGGUCUACAUGCUGGUCCUUCCUGACUUUGGUAGUACCGUAGUAAAUGAACACCUGGAAGUGAGAGGACGCUGGAGUACCAAUCCUGCCCCUGGUGGGUCCAGAUUCCAGACCAGCCCUGUGACCUUGGAAAAAGCCCAGGUCCUGGGCCUCCCUCCUCUCUCUAUGAACCUUUGCAGGAUUGGAAUUCAAGUGUUCUCCAUGUGCAGCUGGAGAUCAG